AUGAAGGGUCUUUUCUCAGCAUUCACAGCAGGUCUUGUGGCUCGGGCCAACCUCAUGGGAAACGAUUUGAAAGGACAAACACCACCAAUUGCGAAUGGCGUUUUACAUAAACGCUCGUACUUCUACGUUGGAGGCGCUUACGAACAGACUGCUGGCACAUUUAUCGCUGGAUCGGAAGUCACGGUGUCCAGCGGACAAAUGUACGUUGAACAUUUGGUCCCCUCAGUGGUCACCCAAAAGCUACCGAUUGUGAUAAUUCCAGGAAAUGGAAUGACGGGAACAAAUUUUCUAAAUACCCCAGAUGGACGGACAGGCUGGGCAGAUUAUUUUAUGUCUCAGGGUUACGAGCUGUAUCUUGUUGACCAGCCGUCACGCGGAAGAUCUCCCUGGCAACAAAACAUUGAUGGACCGCAGAUGACAUUCGAUGUGCUCACGGUUGAGCAAAGAUUUACUGACGCACAGAGGUUCCAAUUAUGGCCACAAGCGCAUCUCCAUACCCAAUGGCCGGGAAACGGGAGCAGAGGCGACCCAACGUUUGACAAUUUCUAUAUGUCAAUUGUGCCUGCACUGGCGUCAGAUGCAGAAGCUUCCGCGAAAGUGAAAAAUGCUGGUUCGGCAUUGCUUGACAGAGUAGGGCCCGCCAUCGUUCUCACUCACUCCCAGUCGGGUCAGUUUGGAUGGAUCUUGGCAGACGCUAGACCAUCACUAGUCAAAGCCAUCGUCGCUAUUGAGCCCAUCGGACCUCCAUUCAUCAACGCCGUCUUUCCUCCACUCGCCUCUGCUCGUCCCUUUGGUCUCACAGAAAUCCCCGUGGAAUUUACGCCUCCCAUUGAAUCUGCAUCUGACCUCAAUACCAUGGUGGUUUCUUCCACGACGAACUUUACAUGCAUCCAACAAGCCUCUCCGCCUCGGAAACUGGCCAACGUUUCGAAGGUGCCAGUCCUCGUUGUGACGUCAGAGUCUAGCUAUCAUGCUGUGUACGAUUCCUGCAGCGUAGACUUCUUGAAGGCUGCCGGGGUGUCCGUCGACCACGUCAAUCUUCAGGAUGUUGGAAUAUUGGGAAAUGGACAUAUGAUGUUUAUGGAGAAAAAUGGCCUGGACAUCGCAGACAGGGUAGUCAACAAGUGGUUGAAGCAGACUGUUUAA